UACGAGUUGACCCCCAAGGACUGGAGUGCAGUCCAACUAGUCUCUGAUUGGCUGAAGGCUUUCCAUUUAGCAAUAACGCAAAUGUCAAUGACAAAGUGUUCGAUGCUAUCGUCCACUCAGGCCAUUUUCCAUGGAUUGCAGGAGUCUCUACAAGAGUCUCUGCACAUGUUGCCCAACAACACACCACCUUGUCUCAAAGACUCACUCAUCAAAGUACAUCGGAAACUGAGUAAUUAUUAUAUCAAGUUCAAUGGAUCACCAUUUUACAUAUGGUCCUCUUGUAAGAAUUCUUUUUGUAUCUACUGGUACCUGUAG